CAAGAAGUCCAAUCCGGAAAAGGAGCCAGAGUACCAGUGCGCUGGCCAAGGCGAAUACGUUCAGUUGAGGGGGUGUGAGCCCGUAUGCAAAUGCACUGAUGGCGAGGGCGCUGAUGUUGGCGAAGUGGAUCAGGAACUUUGCAACCGCAUGGCGGUACCGGGUAAGCAGGCCUGCAAGAGCUGUACCAAUGCAGACACACUGUUAAGAGAAGAAACAGAGGACACCAUAUCCACAGAAAAAAUUCCAUCCACAUCCAUUUUUUGCAUGACAAACACGCGACUUGAUACGUGGUUUGCGUGACAAAUUGGAUGUGGAUGGGUUUUUUUCUUUGGAUACACCAACGCCGGAAGAGAGAAGAAGUGUUGGGCAUGGUGCGAGGGUCAAACUAUGAGGACCACCUACGGAUACCAGUACGCUGGUCAGAGCACGACGGGAAAUAAAUGCAGUGUUCAGGAGGAGGACGGGGACGCCUGGUAUCAGAGGAAACGAGAGGACCCUGAAGACGACACCUCCAGUUUGGUCGUGUAUUGUGAAGAUUGGAAGUUCGACAGUCUCAACUGCUUUGAGUCGUGCUGUGUUCUUGGCUGCAGUCAAGUUUCGGCAGAUGCGAGAUAUGUACAACCCCAACCCGCCGGCACGUCAACCCAGAUCCCGAUUUUGUACGAGUACGAUCUCAGCGCUUCUUCUCGGAAUGGAGUAGAGAACGAUUGGCAGGCGGUAUUGCAAAGCAAACACCUGUACCCAAACCCACACGCCACGUGGAAAAGCUCCAUCGAAUACUGGCACUGGAAUGGAGAGAGCCUCAUCGAAGACGACGGAUGGGGACGCUGCAGUGACGGUUACUAUCCUGACGCUGUGUUGGAGAUCCGCUGUCUGGGCGAAGGGCAGGAAGUGAAGGCCCGAGGUUGUUCCGAUAACUGCAAGCUGGUUCAGCAGAACGCUGACAUUGGGGACGCUAAGAUGUAUCGUUGCGGCGACUGGGGCUACGGGGCCGCGCUGUACGCCAGCCAACGGGUUGUAAAGCCGGACGUUUUACAAGAUCGCGCGGCAGGCUACGAAUCCGUGCGCAUAAGCGACACUAACAAAGAAGGAAACAGCGGCCCGCUAACUGUGGCAAGUUGCUGUGGCCAGGGAACGCAGUGCGGCGGUUUGUUUCUGCACGAAGGAGACCAGAGCCGGGACCUGGGGACAUUUGCAGACAUUGGCAGCGCAAAUCGGCCCCGAGCGAAACACUUUUGCAGAGACAUGUUUGGUUACGGAGACCCCAAGCCUAAUCAUGUCCCAGUCGCAGCACCUUUUCGGCCAACCGCCGUGCAGACACCGCACAACGAAGGUUGGAAAGAGUGCUGCGAACCUGUAGCCAGUUGCAAGGACGGCUACUUCGCAGAAGCUUUGGCCGAACCAUCCCCGCCGCAGGUGAGUGCUCAAUUUUUCUGGUAUGGUGCUGCAUAUUCAGGGCGGGACGAUGGCACUAUCAUCACGAAACCCUACCGCUGCCCGGAUCGCGAGUUCCGGUUUGACCUUGAUUCGCUGCACAAUGCGCGCCACGAUGUGCAGGAGCACGGCUCUGCCGGCGUUACCCAAGGCGUCGGUGGCACGACGGGCUUUCUCGGCAACCACAGUGGGCGUGUCAGAACCGCUGGCGAGGGUGCGGCCGGCGGGUUUGGAUUGCACAACGGCACGUGUGGAGGAAGUAGGCAGUGCUCCUGGCUCCGCGACGAGGUGUCCUGCUGUAAGCAGCGCGCGGUGUGCCCGUUUCACAACCCCGUGGUGCUGGAGCAGCAGAUGCGGCGCGCCGGUAUGGCCUACGUCUACGAUAGGCACUUCAUGUUGUACAGCCAGUACUUCAGUUUUGAACAAGACCGCACAAAGAACAGCAAAGUGUUUGCUUUGGUCGACUGGUGUUCGCACAUGGCGGCGGAUUAUGGUGCCUACAGCCUCGGAAUCCCGGACUACGAUCCGAGCAAGAUCAGCGGUGAGAUUAAGCUGGACUACUGCAAGUCCGAUGAGUGCAAAGUUACCGACCUGCGGACCUGUUGCGUCCUCUACCAGGAGUUGCCCCGCCCGGUAGAUAGCUCCACCGGCCAGUCCGAGCUGGUGCCAAGAGCAUGCAGCGCAGCUAGUGGAGCAGUAGGGGCGUACGACUGCAUCGCUAACGAAGUGUGGUUUUACCACUGCGACGAGCGGGGCACUCCCGAGUUUCACUACAGUCACGAGAGUGCAGCAUGGGCGUGCAACGCGUUGGGUGUUCGGUGCCAUGGGUACCAGUACUCUCCGUUGUUCGCGCGCUACCACCCCAGGAAUCCCGACCCCGAGAACGCGCUGUACACUUUGCUUGUGGAUUACGGCGAGUUUGCUGAGUACUACGCGAACGCCUCCAGUCCGGCGACUGGUCAUGUGACGACGCCAGCAAGUGCAGAAACCCCAGCGGAAGCAGGCGCGACGAGCUCGAGCUCGUUCGAGCGGCCGACGGAUCACAUGCUGUGGGCGGGCACUGGCAUCGGACAAUGCGCAGCGGUGUCGGCGGACGAAAGGAUCGGGUUGGGCCUCAACGACAACCAGCGUGGAGUACAGAGGGAUGAAGAACAAAUACAGAGCAUUGACACCAUGCGGACGCACCUGAGUGGAGCCCUGCGUGCCUGCCUUGAUUCCCCCGACUGUUGCUACGUCCGCUACGACUUCAAUGGGCCAGAUUUUCUUGUCGACGGCUUGUCCCGUGUCGAGUCUGUGGGGCACCCGGUAAAUAAUUACAUCUCGGAUAUGGAUGACGCAAAGAAAACGCGUGUGCCGGGCUUCACCCCAGAGCGGGAGGACGACGACGCGGACCGACUGCUCUUUGAGCUGACCGACGACGCGUUUGAGUUGCGAAAGAAGAUGCAGUGCUGCCUCCGUCGGUAUUCCUGCACUGAGAACAUUUUGCCCCAGGUGGGCAGCAGCAUCCAGGAGACGUUCGUGAAAGCCAGCUGCUUGGGUCAGCAGCCAGGAUUGCCCAUGCCCAUUACUGCGCCAAACGCCAGGCCGUGGAGGGUGGCGACCGAAUUUAACCCGACAACGAACCAGGACUGGUUUCCGCUGUGGGUGGAAGAUGGAUUCGAUCCCCCCGACGGGCCGGAACUCAUCAAGGGCGCCAGUAGCGCCACACGUGCGGACGACAUUGAGCACUACCACGGAAAAGGGCACAACGGGGAGGAUAUUGAGGUUUCCGUCAAAGAUCGGGGAGAGGAGCAGUACUGGUUCCACGAGUGCGCCGAGUACUGUCAGCAGGAUUUCGCAAUGGAGGUUUUGCGCGCGACGAAAGAAGCGGUGCGCUGCCAAUGUUGGCGGAGGGAGGCGGACUACGAGAAACGUGUCGCCUGGCUGAAGAGCAAGCAAGACGACUACCGACCGAAAGUAGACAGUGAAUCCAGCCGGGCAAACGCGGGGUUCUCCUUUUUCUUUCUGAACACCGAUGUGAAGCAGCCAGUCAAGUGCGCCAGGAUUAGCUACAAGGAGCUCCUGCAAGACUACAACGAAAAUUUGCUUGCGGCCGCAGCGGAGCAAGACAAGGAAGAUCAGUCGGUGCGCGAGUUGUUGGCGGGAAACGCUGCACCCGGGGGAUCAAUCCCCGAGAUUUCCUUCGAGAGCCUGCGAGUGUCGAAGGAGUACCUCGUCGACAACGGGCUUGUGUCCCGCGUCUACCUGAAAGACAACCGAGUACUGGAGCGCAGCUGGCCCGCGGGAGAUCCGAACUCGAAGGACAACGUUUCCCCAGCGGACAUCAAGGCAGAGAUCCCUCCAUUCGUGGGUCAGCGUGCGCCAUUGCCUCCCGGAGCCAGUUGGUUGACACCACGGAUUUCGAUCCUCGAGUCUGACCUGAAAGCUUUCUACGGGAACAGCUCCGCGCUGCGACGGGGAAUGGAAUCCGCCCUGAACAAGCAUUUGGCGCACCAAACGUCCGGAGGCUCCAACGUGGACGCUGACGUUGGCGUGUUUUCACCGUAUAACGGCACGGAGGACAAAAAAACCAGUGACGCAACGAUGGACGCUUCGAGUUCCGUCGAUUCGGCAUCAGCACUGCUAUCGCUGGUCGCCGAAAUCAAAGAAGUAGAAGCAGAUUACUUUAACUAGCAACAUGACACAUAGUGCUCCGAUAUGACAUAUGGGCACGGCGACAUGAAAACUCCUGCAAGAGCACCACUUCUCAUAUUGUAAUUGUUGUUUUGUAUAAUUGUCAUAUUAUUGCAUAUUGCUCGUGACCGGCUGACGGUGACGGCUGAAAAUUGGCCCCAACCAAAACGCUGUCUCUCGGCUGUUGUGGCCAUGAGGUUAGGGCGCGCAUGCUCUUGCGCCGACUUUGGGCCGAUCGAGCAGGCGCCUACUGUGCACCUCUUUUGCGCCUCUUGGCAAGGCGUCUCGCCAGCCUACAGUGAGGGCGGCGCUAGUCCGCUCGGGCUCCCAGCAGUCUACUUCUUCAAUUGGUGUCGCAGCUGCGCCAUGUAGUGCGCCGCUGUGUCUUUUUGCAGCAUCUGGGCCGGGAAGCUGGCCUCGCAACGCAAGUAGCGGCGGGCGCUGCCAGGUCGGCUUCCAGGUCCCGACGUUCAGCAAGGUCAUAUUGCUCAAGCUCUAGCAGUCAUAUUGUCAUUUUGUGAUAUUGCCAUACUCGUAUUGCAUAUUGUUAUUGGUAAAAGUGUCGAAAUUUUGCUCGUUAAUGCAAUAUGUAGAAGGCCGUCCGCCGCGGGGCCACGACCACGACCAGGCAGGAGCUACAACAACUGUAAAGAGGGCCAGCACGGUUGACGAUAAUACGAGCGGCAGAAUAAAUGGCGUAGAAGAUAACGCAGUCAUGCUUUCACGGGAAGAAAAGCAGCGCGCUGCGCUAGAGAAGCUGCAGCAGCGGGGCGGCGGUUCCGAUUCCGAACGACUUGAAGAAAGCACGAGCCAGAAAAAGGCCAAGCUUCUCCGCUCGAUGGCAACGUCUGCUGCAACUUCCACAACAGAUCCAGACGAUAAGGAUUCUCGUCGUGUCUUAGCUGCGACCGACGGGAGGAGCGGCAAGACUAAAUCGCUGCUGCGACUAUUGCAAGUUUUGCACCGAAGUAGGAGUGCCUCGGCGACAGUCAUAGGAGUGUUGAGUGGCCACUUUCUGGGCGAAGAACCCCCCGGAGAGAACGACGCGGAGUACUACGAAAGUGGCGGAGCUGCAGGCACUUCCGUAGGUAACAAGGACGCGGCCAACACGGAAAGCAACUUGUUUGCAGAAGAAGUGUACGUGGAUUCUGCUGCCGCAGCGAAGGCAGCAGGGGGCGACCGCCGCGACGCACUCCUCUACGAAGAGGGCGGAUUUUCCGUCCAUCUCGCGUUUCUCACGCAAGCCGCGGAAACUGAAGGGGCCAGCAAGGUGGCAGAAGUGUUGCUGCGUGACUUUUCCUCCGAUCCAGCGCAACAGGAAGGGGUCGCCACCAUCCUGGAAAAAUACCUAAAAAAGUACAUUGCAGAGGAGCAGCAGCAGAAGGGCUUGGGCUCUAUGACCGAGGAGUCUUUUCGCGUACUUCUCAAAGGUCCGACACGGGUCGCCUAUCCGUUCGAUCCAGAUGGACUUCAUGCCGCACUAAAGGCCUCGGCGUCGGGAGGUGGCGGCGAAGGUAGCGCGUCGAGUCUCCUCCACAUGGCUACAGAAGCUUCGGCAGCUGCAGCCGUUUCAAACGUGUCCUCAACUUCACCGUCCGCCUUGUUGUUGUCUGCUACGCCCCCGGCCUCGCAGCUGACGAGGUUCUCGCGAGGAACUACUACAGAACAGGAAGCUACAACGGAUCGUGUUGAGGAUCUGCGACUUGAGGACGUUUCGCAACACCAGAAAGAGACGCAGGUGCUCCAAGAGAAGACGACAGAAGAAGAACAAGAAGGAGCCGCAAACACUACAAGGCGUAGGAGAGAAGCUGCUUCCUUCGUCGUUCCUCAAGUGGAUUUGCAAAUAAGAGCGAAUCAAGCACGGGCCACCCGACGAGGCGAUGACGUCGACAGCCAGGACGAGACGACUGCAGACGCCGGAGGCGCUGCAGACCGGGCAGAGAAUACAACGGCGGCCCUUACGGAAGGGGAUGCGGCCAAGGCAGAAGAACAGUCCUGGUGUAAACUAGUAUUCGAUCCUGGGUACGCCGAGCUGUUUCAGAACACCAUCUACGGCAUCUGUGUCUUCGGAGAGGUGAUUCUUUUCGUGGUCUUCUUACUGUACACCUGUAGGCAUAACCUGCUGGGUACCCGUCGGGAAAACCCGCGCGUUGCUGAAUUGGAGGAGCAGCGCGAAAGCGCGCGCGCAGCGGCCGAGGAAGCAAUGGAAGAUGCGAAAUUACAGCUCUCGCAUUUCCGCGGCCGCGCAAAGGCGAAGCAGGGGAUGCAAUUGGCGACCGGAAAGCUUGCAAAAGCCGGGCAGGCGCUCGCAAAACAGGCCACGACGGACAAUGCGGCAAAAGCCAAGCCGCAAGGAAAAGGGCAGCGGGAACCGGGCGCGUCCGAGGGCGUUGGCAACGCAGCCAUGCGGGGUGCGGGUGGCGUUUCCAUCAGCGGCGGCAGUAGUGCUUUUGGGCAGAUGGGGAAAAGUGCCACUGCAAGCGGGGCCUUCGGGAAGAAUGCGGCGACCGGCGGCGGAAGCUUUGCGUUUGGGGGAGCUGCGGGCGGCAGCGCGGCCGUAGCUUCAACUGGAGGCGCGGGGCCAGCUGGCAGCGUCGGUUUUGGAAAAGCCGCAAACGUUGCAGGUGGGAGCAUGGCAUUCGGCAAGUCCGUCGGUGUUGGAGGCAGUUCGGCUUUUGGAGCGAAGCCCUCCAUUGGUGGAAGCUCUGCUUUUGGUAGCGCUAGCACUGCUUUCGGGAAGAAAACAGAAUGAAAAACUAAAAUUCAAAUCAAUGCAAAUACUGUAACAACGUGUUAACUACUCAAAAUAUUCAAUACAUAGACUUCGAUAUCAUAAACUCUACUUUCACUGCAUCUCGCACCGCAACGACUCGUAGGAGACCUGGACGAGGGCGACCGCGAACACUUUCUGCCAUGCGUGAUUGCUCUUAAACUUUUGAAGAAUUGCAAAAGACUUCUAGUACAGGCACACAAGAAUAAGAAAUGCACAUCGUGACCCUUGUUUACAACGCUUAGUAUUUUUCAAGGUUACUGAAGACUACAUUCAGGAGCCACAUGGUGCAAAAAGUACUUUAUCAACGAAUAUUGCAGUCUUUUAAAGAAGAUGCAGUCUUCUUCUUCAUGACGACCAUCUUGUAUGUGAAAAGUCACAAUAAUGUAAAAAGAAAGCGUUCUUUCACCAGAAACACGACAACGGAAAAAAAUGGGCGG